AUGACGAAGAGGGAGGCUGAGGAGCUGAUAGAGAUAGAAAUAGAUGGCUCAGACAAGACGGAGUGCACUGAGGAAAGCAUUAUAGAGCAGACAUAUACCACAGCAGAGUUUGUCAGCCAAUCUAUUGAUAUAAAUGAGCCAGUCGGAAAUCUUAAGAAGCUUCUAGAGCCCAGACUUCAGUGUUCACUUGAAGCACAUGAAAUCUUCUUACAAGACAUCCAGCUUGAUCCGGAAAGAAGUUUAUUUGAUCAAGGAGUUAAAACAGAUGGCUCUGUACAGCUUAGUGUGCAGGUUAUAUCCCAGCAAGGACUUGAGCCAAGGCUGAACAUACUAGAGAUUGUAAAGCCAGUAGAGACUGUGGAGGUGGUCAUUGACCCCGACGCCCAUCAUGGUGCAGUUGAAGCCCAGAUUGUAGAGGAAGCUCAGGUGAUCACCCUAGAUGAUACAAAGCAUGUCACUAUUUCUGAUGAGACCUCUGAACAGGUGACGCGAUGGGCAGCAGCAUUGGAGGGCUACAGAAAGGAACAAGAACGCUUAGGCAUACCUUAUGAUCCAGUUCAGUGGUCUACAGACCAGGUCCUGCAUUGGGUCCUAUGGGUAUUGAAGGAGUUUGGUAUAUCGGAUAUCAAUGUGAACGCCCUUAGUAUUCCUGGGAGGGAGUUGUGUCAAAUUAGCCAGGAAGAUUUCUUUCAGAGAGUUCCCAGAGGAGAGAUUCUGUGGAGUCAUCUAGAGCUGCUCAGGAAAUAUGUGUUGGCUAGCCAAGAACAUGGGGGAGAAAUUGCUACAGUUACCAUUGAUCAACCUGUACAGAUAAUCCCAGGAUCCCUUGCAAAUACAACUCCCACGACGACGAUUAAAGUCAUAAACACUCAAACCAAAGUGGCCAAAGUGCAGCGGGCACCCCGCAUAUCUGGAGAAGACAGAAGUUCUCCUGGUAACAGGACAGGUAACAAUGGUCAGAUCCAGCUGUGGCAGUUCCUUCUGGAGCUUCUCACUGACAAAGAUGCCAGAGACUGUAUCUCAUGGGUAGGAGAUGAAGGGGAGUUCAAAUUAAACCAGCCAGAGCUUGUUGCUCAAAAGUGGGGUCAGCGCAAAAAUAAGCCCACCAUGAACUAUGAGAAGCUGAGCCGUGCACUUCGAUAUUACUAUGACGGUGACAUGAUCUGUAAAGUUCAAGGGAAGAGAUUUGUCUACAAAUUUGUGUGCGAUCUGAAGACUCUGAUUGGUUACAGUGCAGCCGAGCUGAGCCGCUUGGUGUCAGAGUGCGAGCAAAAGAAAAUGGCCAAGCUGCAGUUACAUGGCAUAGCACAGCCAGUCACAGCCGUAGCCCUGGCCACCGCAUCGCUACAGUCGGAGAAAGAUAACUGA